AUGGGUUGCUGUUCAAGUGCUAUUGCCAAUGAUAGUGAUAAAUUCAAUAUUACUCUAAAUGGAUACUAUGCCGCUACAUCGCAUCAGAGACGUGGUUCCAAAAGGAGUUAUUCUUCUCAUGUCAGUAACGGAUCAAGUUCAGGCGUUUCCAGUGCUUGCACUUCACCAUCUCGUCGCAGUAUUUUAAGUCGUUGCAGUCCUAUGCCAGCGCCAACUCAAGAAUCGAACGAACUUAAAGCUAAAACUCGGAAUUUUACUGUGACUCACAAAGAUGUUCCAACUGCCUUUGAGAUGUUGUCCAUUUGCGAUGACUUUGGAGAAGGGCCAAAACUGCAACAACAACAACAACAAGAGAAUAGAUCAUUUGGUUAUUAUUCCGAGUCGAUGUCUACGGGUAGUGCUGUAUCAACACCAUCCCACUCUUGCCUUAGACGUACCCAGGACACCAGUGAGCGUCCCGAAUCGCCACCUUUGACACCAUCUGCCAAUGACUUGGAAAUGGAAAUGUAUAUGAUGUCUCGUUCACAGGGUCUGAUGCCUAAAACAUCCUCCCCCAUUUUUCAACGUAAAGAUGUAACAUUCGAUGCUGUAGCGGCCGCCUCUCCACCCUCACAUUCAUAUCAAAAGUGGGCCAAUUACUUACAGAGCACUCCCACUUACUUGCUGCACAAUGUUACCGACAUUCCUGAAGCGAUAGCCGGCCAUUUCAGCCCCUUAGACUUUCCAGCCUUUACAGAUUUGGAAGACAUGGAGAGUGCAGCCAAAAGAUUCAAAGUAGACACUCCUUUGACCAACGAAAGUGAAGAAGAUGAGGUAUUUUAUCAGAAACAAAUACCCAAGCCUUCUAACAUAACACACACCAUAACAACGGACUUGUAA